AUGGAAGAAAAAGAACACAAGAAAAACAAGAAAAAGAAGCAAAAACACCACCACUCAAACUCAGAUUUCUCAUUUAAACCCUCCUCUCAUGUCAAAGGUCUCCGUUUCGGCGGCCAAUUCAUUGUCAAAUCCUUCACUAUCCGCCGUGCCAGACACCUCGAACUCCUCCGUCUCCUCUCCCUACCACCAAUCACUACCCACCACAAACCGUCACCCACUUUCCUCUCCACCGCCGCUUUCCUCCCCUCAACCUUCACCAUCUUUAGCCCACCAUGCUUGGCACACGCUCACCCUCGGCCUCGGCACCAAGAAGUCGAAGGUGGUCCUGUUCGUAUUCGAAUCGGAAAACAUGAAGGUGGCGGUGGACCGGAUGUGGCCGGCGGAGAUACCGUUGGGGGAAGUGAACCGGAAGCUGAUCAAGGGUCUGACCGGUUGUGA